CGGUUUAUCCUCAGGGUCCCUAUAACAACAUUGCUGUCGGCUGCAGUACACAGAGUGUGGCGUGCAAAGCGGACCCGGCGAAUAAAGCAACACAUUUUAUCCCUGAUUUUAGCCGCUUCAGAUAAUCCACCAUGUCAUACUGCAAGCAAGAAGGGAAGGAUCGAGUAAUAUUUGUUACGGAAGAAGACCAAGAUGGACCCUCAAAAGUCUCGUUACCAGAAGAUGAUGAACAGCCAGCUGGACUUAUACAGCCUGAUGGAGAAAUCAACUGGGCGUGUCCAUGUCUUGGUGGAAUGGCUACUGGUCCUUGCGGUGUUGAGUUCCGAGAAGCCUUUACCUGUUUCCACUACUCCACUGCAGACCCCAAAGGAAGUGACUGUUUAGAGCCAUUCAAAGAGAUGACCAACUGCAUGUCCAACUACCCAAAUGUCUACGGUAAUAAAGAUAAAGAAGAGAUGCCAGCAGAAGAAACGGAAAAAAGUUCAGAUACACAACAGUCAAAAGAGGUGGAAGCAAAAGCAUAAUGAAUCAUUUAGAAAAUUAAUGUAUUUGUCUCAACGCACUUUGACCAAGAGUGAUAGCAUGUAUAUAAGUGUUGGUACAAGUCUUAUUUUCAGCUGUACAUGGAAAGCCGUUUUUAAACAUACCAGAAAUGUUAUCAUUGUUAUGUAAAUAAAAUGGAAAUAUGCAGCCAUGAGUAAUUUGUUACAAGUACCAUAAGGAGUUUCCAGAUGUCAUAUUGUGAACAUAAAAAUUACUCUGAAUUGGAAAUGACUGUUGAUGUAUUUCUUUAAUAAAAUGAGUAAGACUAAAGUUUGAUGUAUGUAUUAUUUUUAUUCACGUUGAGUACUCUUUUUCUUUUUUAUUAUUAUUAAUGACCCUUGUUAUUAAAAAUGAGAGAAAAAAAGUUUGCAAUAAAAUACAAAAUACUCACCAAAAUGAACAAUUCUUUUGGACAGAUGGACUUGUAAAUAGCAAGAAAACAUUGAUAUGAUCUAUGUAAAUAUAGUUGCAAUGUAUUUAUGCAACCAUUGAACAGUAGAUAGGUACAAAAUAUGAAAUUGUUAGAAAAUAGGUGUGUUAUGAUCCUGGUCGAGCAUAAGAUAAGUUGUUACAUAUGUUCAGGCAUCUCAAGGAGAGUAUAUUUUUUUUAUGUAUAUGUAUACUUUAAAGAUCAGAUUUCUUUACACGUGCUAUUAUUAUUUAUCUUAUUGUAAUAUAGCUUACAUCUAAUUGAAUUAAGAAUCUGGAAACUUCACUCCCUAAACAUAAAUACACUUUAUUUAUACAUGUUUGUAUUUGUGGUUAAUGUCACUGUAUAUUUUUUUGUCUGUGUUCAUUGCAUCUCAGGAUCCUCAAAUGCAAUCAUCAGCUGGAAUCAUUUUAGUUACAUAAUAGGUGCUGUAUUAUGCUCCAUGCAUAAGGCACUCGAAAAAAUGAGAGGAAAAUGAUAAGUUACAUUAUUUGUCUCUUAAUUUAUCAGGCUUUAUUGCAAGAUCGUGUGCUCAAUGGCUCAGUGGGCUAAGGUACUCGGGUUACUGAUCUUGUUUUCAGGUAUUUCAGCCUCUCUUGAGUGAUUAGGUUCCCAUCUUAGAAUACUGUCAAGUCUAUGCAUAACUCAGUGUGUGCCCACCUUUUAAUAAAAUGAAUGAAGUGAAAGAUACAUCAGCUGAGAAUAUUUAUUGCUGCUUAGUAAUGAAACUUUGGCAAUUUAAUUUCCAGGUUGUUUCAAAUUCGUAAGUUCACUAUGCAAGUUUCAUACAUUAUAUAUUUUUUUCUUUUUAUUAAAAAAUACAAAGUUUAAUGGGAUGAAAGAUUAGGUAAAAAGUUGUAAACAUAUUUUAUGCAUAAUGUUCAGUAUUCUCUCUUAACUUGAAAUUACUGUUUAUGAUUACAUCAGGGUCAAUUUUUAACACUUUGUGUGUUUUCUUCUUGUAAGUAUUUGUAUAUUAUUAUUCUGAGAGUGAAGUAUGUUUUACAAUACUAAUUCAGGAUAAUUCAACAUCUCAGAUUUCAUGAUGCUGUCAGAUAUGAUAAUUCUGAAAUAAAGGUAUUUCUAUA